AUGCUCUUACCAUUACGCUCGUUCAUCUCACGCUCAUCAGGCCUUCGAUCUAAUGUGCAUGGCCUCAUGACUUUUGGUUCUCGCGCUUAUGCCACACCUGCCACAAAAUCAGUAUUUGACACCAAGGCCCUUCAAUAUUCUAGCAAACACAUUAGACAUGCUCUCCAAACAGGGGAUGUUGUAUUCUACACUGCCCCACCAGGUGUGAGUCGUACAUUCUUUUAUGUUUAUAUCUCUGCAGGCGUGCAACUUUUAUUCUGUGAUGCAGAAGACGCCCCCAUUGUACUGGCUCCUCAGGGCCAGCGUAUGGCUAUUGCUGGUGGUUUAAUGGCUCUUGGUAUCGGAAUUGCUUCGAUAAUGUUUACCUAUCCUUGGAGAUAUAUCGACAAGAUCAUUUUGCUCAAGGGAGGUGCACGUGUAAGACUGUUGACCCAUGCUCGCUUUAUUGAAUCUCAAAAAUGCAAGGAGUACCCAAUCAACCGUCUUUUCUCCAAGCAGAAGGUCUUUACUGGCGCUGGCCCUACAGGCACCGAUCCUUUGGGAAAUACCACUUCUUCUAACCUUUUCUUACGCGCAAGUAAUGAACGUAUGGGAUACAUGUUAGACAGAAAAGGAAGCUUUAUGGACAGCUAUUUGUUUGAUGGAUUAUGGUAUAAGCCCAGUGCCAAAUAA